UUGAAAAAAGCUUCCUCUUCCAGUGAAAGGCAGAACGUUUUCUCUAGAUUUGCUUUUAGACAGAGGGAUUUCCUGCUGGCUGAACUGUUGCCAACAAUUUUUGAUACAAACAUAUUUGACCUGAUGGAGGGAUGUAGCAGUGAGAUGGCAGCCUUCUCCCAGAACAUGCUGACAGUCAGCAUGUUACUGAAUGUCUUCUUACUUUCAGGAGUUCAGACUGGAUGUAAUAACAAGAACCCAAACCUCAAAAUUACUGCACCAGAGGAGAUGGAAGCUCUGAGUGGAUCCUGUUUGCUAAUCCCAUGUAGCUUUAGAGCAAUACCAGAGAAACCAGGAGAAAAGUUUGACAACAACAGAGAAAUAUUUGGAGUUUGGAUUAAAAGUGAUUCAGCAUUUGAAAAUAAUAAGAAAAAUGUGAUUUACAACAGCAGUCAGUCUCAAAACAGCUAUGCAGUGAACAUUUCUGGAAACCUGAGAGAGAAGAACUGCACCAGUGUGUUUUCUAAUGUAAAGUCAAAUCAAGCAGACAAAUACUUCUUCAGGAUGGAGAACGGGCCGUUCAGAGCAACAGCUAACUGUGAUCCUGUUAAUAUAACAGUUAGAGAUUCUGCUUGGAGCCCCAGGAUUGAAAUCUCAGGUGACAUGAAGGAGAAGAACUCUGUCACCGUAACGUGCUCAGCUCUCACUCCCUGUCCACAAUCACCUCCUGGACUCACCUGGAACCUCCAACCAAACCCUCACAGACAGAUGGAGAGGAACAAAGAUGGAACGUUUACAACUACAAUCCAGCAGAACAUCACUCUGUCAGAGAUCCACGAUGGAUACAACAUCACCUGCUCUGCCAGAUAUCCUGUGGAUGGAGGAAAAAACAAGACAGCAAAUACAAAAGUGGCUCUCAGUGUUUCCUAUGCUCCCAAAGAAACCUCAGCAGCUAGAUGGAUGGAGCUGAACUGCUCCAGCAGAGUCAAGCCUCCAAUCAGCUGCUUCACCUGGGUUGAAAACAGCAAACAUACAGCCAUGAUAGUAGCUGAAGGAGACGUCAGAUUAACCGUCUAUGAGGAAGAAACCCACUGCUGUGAGUUCUCUGGUAAUCUGCUGAUUCCCCUCAUUACAGUGACUGCUGUGGCUGUGCUCAUCUUCCUGGUUGCAUGGUUUUUGAAGUCCAGGCGUACUGCUGUACAACACAAUCAGACUAAAGCACCCGAGGAGCCUGGUGUUCAACCACCAUCUAAUGAAAGGCGGGAAGAACUUCACUAUGUGGAUGUGAACUUCAUAAAGAAACCUACCUGUGCGUCAGAGAGUACCAGUAGAGGCCAGCAGGAGACGCUGUAUGCCCAGGUCAAAGUGUCUGAGCCAGAGAACGGACCAGCUGAGACUGCUGACAGCUCAGAUCCUUUCUACUCUACGGUACAGAAACCUGGCUGAAACUCUGUACUCACAGUCAGUGACAGGAGUCCUAAGACAACAAUAAUGUGCUUGUUUGGGUUUUUUUUUCUGAUUCUUUUUUUAAAAUUAUUUUUAGUUUGGAUGUUUCGGUACUGAUGUGGUGUGAGAGUGAUCUGUAUAGUUUGCAGGUUUUUGAAGUUGAAUUUAUCUUCUGAUCUUUGUUGUAUUUUAUUUUCAUUAUUUACUGCAAAGUAAGCAAUUAUCUCAAUAUUUGCAUGUUUAAUAUUUGCACUUAAAUAAACAGUGUCUAGAUACAGUUUUUAC